AUGGGUACCUCUGUACGCCGGAAGUCCAUUUUUCAAGAGGUUGGCCUGGACGAUUUUGACCUUGACCCUCCUGUUCGCCGCUCGACAUCCAUCUCAGGCUCUUCUGGACGAAAACGACCCUCACCUGGCGUGCGCUUCCGAAGUAAAGACGAUGUUCGCGUUGUGGAGCGACCUAAAGAUGAGCAUCUGAUGGGUGGCGAAAGACACGAGACGUCGCUGCAGCCAAUAGCUUCCAGAGCUUCGCCUUCACCACCUCUGGCCUACUCACAGUCUCCACUUCCUGGGAGGACGUCUAUAAUGUAUCGCUUUGGUGCGGUAUUACUGUUGCUUUGCGCCGCUUUCCCCUUCCUACAUUCUUCGCCUCUAUCGGGACGAGCAUCGUUACCUCUGCAGCCCGUCAGUGGAGGACCCAUACCUGAGGAAGCAGCAUCGCAUGGAAGUGUUAUACUCGAUCGAAGGGCGGACAGCCCAACUGAUGUCUGUUUCAGAUGGGCACAGCAGUCUGCCCUCGUAAACGGAACUCUGUAUCUCUAUGGAGGCGAAGCAACGACAGAACCGAGUCAAGACUCUAAUACCUGGAACAACAACUUCUUAUCGCUCGACCUUACCAAGACAUGGCAAAUAGCAUCUCCCUCUCUGACCGGCUUGCCCCAACCAUCUGGCCCACCGAACGUCAGUCUUGGAUAUCUCUGGAACUCACAUGGAUCAUUAUUCCUUUACGGCGGAGAGUUCUCUUGGAAACCGGCAGUGUCUCCAACAGCGAACUCAUUAUGGGAGUACAACAUCGCAUCUUCAUCAUGGAUCGAGCACAGCAACCCUCAAUCAUCGUCAGGCGUGAGUGCUCCAGAUGAUAAUGCAUCUAUCCAGCGAGCAGCAGAGGGCGCAGGUGUCACCAUUCCAUCUUUGGGACGUGGCUACUAUUUUGGGGGACAUCUCGAUGGAUACACGACCGAAGGCUGGUCGCAAAGCGUUCCCAGGCUCUACCUACAAUCACUGCUCGAGUUCACGUUCCCAGGCUACUCAAACAACCAGGUUACUGCGAUAUCCAACACCGAGGCUGGCUCAACAGGAGUCUACCGCAACAUAACACAAGGAGGACUCCAAGCCGACGCAGGUUUCACUCAACGGGCGGACGGCCUUCUUAUCUACGUGCCCGGCUUUGGCGACGAAGGCAUCCUGCUCGCCCUCGCCGGCGGCACCAACGAAACCUACACCCAAAUGAACAACAUCAACAUCUACGACAUCGCCAACAGCUCCUGGUACACGCAAGCCACAUCAGGCGAAACGCCGAAAGUCCGCGUGAAUCCCUGCGCCGUCAUUGCCGCGGCGCCGGAUGGCAGUUCGUACAACAUCUACAUGUUCGGGGGCCAGAAUUUGAUCCCGUACGGCGACCAGACGCAGUAUGAUGAAAUGUGGAUUUUGACGCUCCCGUCGUUCACGUGGAUCCAAGUCGAUCAGAGCGGACAGAGCGUGCCGUACGGACGGAGCGGGCAUACCUGUAAUGUGUGGGAUGCGCAGAUGGUCAUGGUCGGUGGGUAUACUGGGAACGAGUCGUUGAGUUGCGAGACGCCUGGGGUGUACGUUUUCGAUCUGAGUGCUGCUGAGUGGGUGAAUCAGUUCACUUCGACGAGUCCUGGCGCGGACGAUAAUGACUCUUCGAAUGAUGGUUCCAGCUCUGGCGAUGAUUCAACUGGAGCGAACAAUCCAUUCAACCAACAACUCGCCCAAAAAUACAGCUCCUCCUCACCCGGCGGUCUCGAAGGUUCCUAUGGCUACACCGUCCCACAAGUCGUCAUCGACGUCGUGGGCGGCGACAUAUCCGGCAGCGCAACCCUCACCACGCCCGUCAACACCGCAACCGCGGGACCCCUCGCUACAGGGAAACCCGUCACCUACACCGUGACGAACCCCGACGGCUCAACAACAACCGCCACGACAGGCCCCAACCCGAACAACCCCUCCAACAACGCCAACGACUCCGGAGGCUCUGGCGUGAACGUCGGCGCGAUCAUCGCCGGCUGCGUCGCAGGCUUCUUCUUCCUCCUGGCCUGCUACCUCGCCUUCUGCGCCUACCUCUACCGCAAACAACUCCAGCUGUACAAACGCCACGUCGCCAUGUCGCAAGCGCAAGCGCGCGGGGAGAAACUCCCCUCCAUCCCGGGCCUCUUGGCGACGAAUAAAGGCUCCUCUACGACGCCCUCUUCCACGCAGCAGGCGGCGUCUCUGAGACCGUGGAUGACGGAUGGAAGUGAUGAGCGGAGUACACGCAGCGGUGCUGGCGGUGGUGGUGUCGUGGCUGGUGUUGGCGGUGGAGGUGGUGGAAAUGGAUACAGUUCCGUCCGUCGAAGUAGUGAGGCGAGCGAGGGGGAUGCGAAUGAGGAUUUGUUGGCCGGGAGGGAGCCGACGUUUGUGGGGGUUAUGUUGAAUCCGAGGAGGAGUUUGAGGGUGAUUAAUCGGGAUUAA